AUGACCUCUACCGGCCCUCUAUAUCUCGGCUUCGAUCUAUCCACCCAGCAAUUGAAAGGCUUGGUAGUCGACUCCAGUUUGAAAAAGGUCCAUGAGGCCAAGUUCGACUUUGACGCCGAUUCUCAAGGUUUCCAUGUAAAUAAGGGUGUUCUUGUGAACGAAGCCGAGCAUGAAGUCUUCGCACCAGUGGCAAUGUGGCUGCAGGCCAUUGACACACUCUUGGCUCGUCUAAAGGAUGGUGGCCUCGACUUCAGUCGUAUCAGGGGGAUUAGCGGUUCAGGCAUGCAGCAUGGGAGUGUUUUCUGGAAUGCCGAUGCGGAACAACUGCUGUCCCAGCUCGAUCCUUCAAGAACACUGGAGGCCCAGCUUGACGGAGCGUUCGCCCAUCCCUUCAGUCCCAACUGGCAGGACGCAAGCACGCAGAAGGAAUGUGACGAGUUUGACGCCGCUCUGGGCAACGAGUCGCAACUAGCAAAUGUAACGGGCAGCAAAGCGCACCAUCGCUUCACCGGGCCGCAAAUUCUACGAUUUCAACGUAAAUACCCAGAUAAAUAUAUCAAGACCUACCGGAUCACCCUGGUGUCAUCCUGGAUCGCUACUAUCUUCCUCGGAAAAUAUGCACCCUUUGACAUCUCAGAUGUCUGCGGCAUGAAUCUAUGGGAUAUCAAAGCCGGUAAUUGGAAUGAGAAACUGUUGGAACUUGCUGCAGGACCCUCUGGCGUGGAGGCGUUGAAGAAGAAACUCGGCGAUGUGCCUCAAGACGGCGGUGUCCACUUGGGCACCGUCUCUCCCUACUUUGUUAAGCGACAUGGCUUUUCGGAUGAGUGCACCAUUAUCGCCUCGACCGGUGACAACCCUUCCACAAUCCUUGCCUUGCCGCUGCGCAGCAACGAUGCCAUGGUCAGUUUAGGGACAAGUACCACUUUUUUGAUGUCCACUCCCGAGUAUAAACCAGAUCCGAGCACGCAUUUCUUCAACCAUCCGACUACACCCGGGUUGUAUAUGUUUAUGUUGUGCUAUAAAAAUGGCGGUCUGGCGAGAGAGAAGGUUCGCGACGCGAUCAAUGAGAAGCUGGGAGUUGGCGAGAAGAACUCGUGGACAGAGUUCGACAAACGGCUGCUUGAUACGCCACCCCUCGCUCAAUCGGACGAGAAAGACUCCAUGCAUCUAGGUCUAUACUUCCCCCGUCCUGAAAUCAUUCCUAACCUACCGGUUGGAGAGUGGCAUUUUUCAUACAAGCCCCAGACCGAUGAGCUCAGCCCCGAGAAAUCUGUACCGCAGCCCCCAGAACAAGACGCUAGGGUCAUUGUGGAAAGUCAGUUCCUCUCUCUCCGGCUCCGCUCUAGGGAACUCGUCUCGAGCCCUGCAAAGGAUCUGCCGCCGCAGCCACGCCGGAUCUAUCUGGUAGGUGGUGGGUCACGCAACAAGGCCAUCGCCCGCGUUGCGGGUGAGGUGCUCGGCGGCUCCGAAGGUGUCUUCAAGCUUGACGUCGGCGAGAACGCGUGUGCCUUGGGCGCUGCUUACAAGGCAGUCUGGGCGGUGGAGCGAAAACAGGGCGAGACGUUUGAGGAGUUGAUCGGCAAGAGGUGGCGCGAGGACGAGUUUGUCGAGAAGAUCGCGGAUGGUUACAACGCCCCGGUGUGGGAGAAGUAUAGCAGCGCACUGAAAGGGUUUGAAGAAAUGGAGACGAGGCUGCUGAGGGAGCAUGAGAGGAAAGGGGAGUGA